UGCAAGACAUGAUCAAGUUAGUUCCAAUUGAUCUUCAGAACAGGCCUGAUUGGUACAAGGAAAAAGUUUACCCCAAAAAUAAGGUGCCUUCCCUAGAGCACAACAACAAGGUGAUCGGAGAGAGUUUGGUUCUGGUUAAAUAUGUUGAUUGUAACUUUGAAGGACCAUCAUUCAUGCCGGAUGACCAGGAAAAGCGAAAAUUUGCUGAAAAAUUGAUAGCUUAUAGUGACACUACAUUCGUCCCAGAAGUAUACAGAUCUUUCGCAAAAGAUGCACGGAAACUGGCUGGUGCACAAUUUUAUUACCUAGAAAAAGCUCUCCACAAAUUCGACGAUGGGCCUUUCUUCCUUGGUCAAUUCAGUCAGGUUGACAUAAUAUAUGCUCCAUUUAUCGAAAGGUUCCAUGUAUUUAUGCCAGAGGGGUUUAACUAUGACAUCACAACCAGGAGGCCUAAGCUAGCCAAGUGGAUUGAGGAAAUGAACAAUCUUGAUGGAUACAAGCAAACAAAAGUCUUGGAACAAGAGAAAAUGGAUGAGUACUAUAAGAAUCGCUUUCUGCCGAAAGCUUGA